AUGGUUAAAAUAAUUAAUGGCGAAAUUGUUCAAGAUGAUGAUCCUCGUGCAAAAGCUUGGGUACAGAAAAAAAAUUCUUCACAAAGAUUAUCAUCAAAUAACUACAAUCGUCAUCAAGAAACUUCAAUUGGUGAAAGAUCACCUGUAGAUGAAAUAAACAAUAGACUUCGUGGAUUCGGCAUUCCAAACCUAACUUUAGCCGGUCAUAUUGUGGAACCAGUUUUUUUAAUAGCUGCUGUUGUUGCUUUGGUAAUGUGGGGAUUUAUAGGAUUACUUGUUGUAGCUUUAAUAUGGUAUUUUAUGAAGUUCAAUCAUUAG